AUGGGCUCAGCCCUGCCACACUCACCUGAACUUCAACCAACAGGCCCCAUUCGAAGCUCGGGGGACACCGCGGCCGGAGCCGCCCCGAGCCCCCUCAGGGCCCGCCCGCCGAGCGCCGCCGCCCCGCCCCGCGCACGCCUCGCCGUUGCCGGGACACGGCCGCCCCGCCCCCUCCCCCCGCUGAUUGGCCGCUGCGGCAGCCCGGGCUGGGCACGGAGCGCGGUGAUUGGCUGCGAGCCGCCUGAUCGACGGGAGAGGGGCGGGGGGCAGCAGCAGGGCCCGCGCAGGCGCAGCGGAGUGUGUGUGCGCGCGGGGGUGUGGCCGCCGGCUUUCCCGCGCAAACGCUCCCCCCCUCACGCCCCCCCCCCCCCCUCACGCCGCCCUCGGCGAGCGCCGCCGCAGCGGAGGCUUCGCCCGCUGCCCGCCAAGGGGCGGCUGUGGCGGCGGCCGCACGGCCCCGGAACGGGAAGCGCUGCGGGGGCCGAGCGGAGGCAGCGAACGAGGAAGAACCGCCCCCUCCCCCCCCCCAUACACAGCUUACCCGGAGCCGGCCCCGCGCGCGCCGCCGCUACCGCCUCGCGCCCCCCCCCCCUUUAUGGCCGCCCCUCACCCGCCCCCCUCACGCCCUUUCCCCUCACGGCCUCGGCCAUGGCCGAGCCCUCCCGGAGAACGGCAGCGACGCCGGGAAGAGAAGGAGGAGGAGGAGGAAGAGGAGGAGGAGUCACACGGAUUCAAGAGCUCGAGCUCCAAGAGACGCAAUAAGCGAUUGUGUUUUGAGUCUUGGCAGCGCCAAAUCCGUGAGCAGAGCCUGGUGCAAACAGGAGAGUACAGGGCUACACCUCUUUAACUCCUCUCAGGUUUUGUUAAUUGUGGAUCGUACCAUCUCAUGAAGAAUGAGUUCAGGACCUGUGUUUUCCUGUGACCUUGGGUAAAGCAGUUCCCUUUACACAGCUGUAUUUUGACUGUCGUUCAAAUGGAAAUAAAGAUACCUUUUCUCUUUUCAA